UCCCCUUCCUCUCCCUCUCCCUUGGCCUUCAUUUUUCUGUCCUUCUAAUACAUAUCGCUGCUGGUUUGAGGAGACCCUCCGCCUGUCAACCAAGAUGAUGACCCCAAUGCGAUAUGUGGUCCUGGUUUUGACCAUCAUAAUCAGCUUGCAUUUUAUUCUCACAUUCUCGCACGAGGCCUACGGAAAUGCUACUUCAAUAUCCAAACUCAUUAGCCAGCAACCAGCAGUAGCAGGAUCCUCAGAACGUGUUACUCCAAGUGAAUACAUCUGGCACGAUGAUACUACGGCGAUUCAGGACCGGCGCGCGAAUGCUGCCAUCGUCAUGCUUGCGAGGAAUAGUGAUCUCAAGGGCAUCACGAAGAGCAUGAAGCAGAUGGAGGACAGGUUUAACAAGAAGUUCAAGUAUCCCUACGUGUUCUUGAACGAGGAGCCCUUCAACGAACAGUUCAUUUCGACCAUCUCGGAGCUCACGGACGCCAAGGUCGAGUUUGGUCUCAUCCCGCACGACCACUGGUUCCAGCCGGAUUGGAUUGACGAGGAAAAGGCUUCUGCAUCCCGGGCUGAGAUGGCCAAGAAUAACGUGAUCUACGGUGGCAGUCUUCCAUACCGGAACAUGUGCCGUUUCAACUCAGGAUUCUUCUACCGACAUGAGCUUCUGGCCAAGUACAAGUAUUAUUGGAGGGUAGAGCCAGAUGUCACUUUCUUCUGUGACCUUGACUACGAUCCUUUCCUGGUGAUGCAAGACCAGGAGAAGGUUUAUGGGUUUACCAUCUCACUACCUGAGUACGGAGAAACUAUAACCACACUUUGGGAUACCGUGAAAGACUUCAUUGAGAAGAAUCCUGAACUUAUCCCGGGCGAUAAUGGCAUGGGCUUCCUGUCCGACGACAAUGGACUCACCUAUAAUCGUUGCCACUUUUGGAGUAACUUCGAGAUUGGCGACCUCGACUUCUGGCGAGGCGAAGCCUAUGGCAAAUUCUUCGACCACCUCGACCAAGCAGGCGGCUUCUACUACGAGCGUUGGGGCGACGCACCAGUUCACUCCAUCGGCGCUGCUUUGCUCGCACCUAAGGACAAGCUUCACUUCUUCUCUGACAUUGGGUACAGACACGAGCCAUUCCAAAGGUGUCCACAGGGAGAGGCACAUUCGAGGGGGAAGUGUUGGUGUGAUGCGAAGGAGAAUUUCGAUUAUGAGUGGUACUCGUGCCUGCCCAAGUUUGACAGGUUAUUCAACUAGACGUUGAGACUCGUGUCAUAUCGUCAUCGUGUCAUUGAGACAUAUACGUAUCUUAGGUGUGGAUUGAGAGCUGGCUGACGUUUGAGAUGCACCGUACUUACCGUACUCGAGAAGGACCAUUUUAUGCAUAUACACAUACCUGUUCACUUCUGUAUAAUCUAUCAAUCCGC